GCAAGAGGCGUGGCACAAAAGUCCUUGAGCUGAGGUAUAAUUGAGAAGGGAGUCUACAUUUCAUUCUUGCCGUGCUGUGCUGUCAGAAGUCUGGCGAUCGGUCAUCUUGUGCCCGGAUGUGUGUGAUCCCUGGAAUGUGAAGUGACAGGGACACUCGGUCCAUCCCACUGUCUUCCUCACCUGACAUUUGUGACCAGUCUUCAGACAUGAAGGAGACAAUGGAGGAGGUCCAGGAGUUGCCGGGGAGUCAGGGGACGUGUACCGGGGUCCUGCACACUGAUGUCGUCAUCAUAGGAAAUGGUCCGUCAGGAAUCUGUCUGUCCUACCUGCUGUCGGGGAACUGGCCUUACGUGAACAACCACCCCCAUCCCAACCCCAUCCUGGAGCACAAGCUACGGGAGAAUCAGGAAUGUUCCAUACUCCAGCAGGACCUGCAGUACCUAUCAGAGGGGCUAGAGGGCAGGUCUAACAACCCGGUUGCCCUGCUGAUGGACACCCUGUGCCACCCCAACGCAGACCUGGGAAUGGAUGAGCCCUCCUGUCUGCAGUGGAACCACCAUCCAGCUCGGAACAUUCCACAUGUGGUCUUGGGGAGGGGACCACCGGGAGGAGCUUGGCAUAAUAUGGAUGGAUCCAUGCUGACCCUGAGUCUGGGAAACUGGAUGGAGCUGCCCCAGAUGGACUUCAGACAUUGGGCCCAGCACCACAGAAGUGAGAGGAAGAGGACUUGCAUGCGAUGUGGCCAUACACACUGCAUUAGCUUGCCAAGAUCUCAGCACGGCGGCGUGAACUGUGCCCGUCAGGACCGUGCGUACGUCUCGGACGUGGCACAGUACUACAGUGACUACGUGAAGCACAUGGGCCUGGAGAGUAACUUCCUGGUUGGGUCGACGGUGACGUCUGUCCGGCGGCUGGUGGUGGACUGUGCCUUCAUCAACCAGGAGAGUGGGGAACAGGAGGCAUCGUGUCAGCUCCAUCGGCCGGAGUGCUGCCGGAUGAACAUGUGGGAAGUGAGAGGUGUCCUGCAGGUCGGUGACCUCCAGCAGCCGUUCUGUUACCACGCGCCCCACGUCGUCAUGGCGACCGGAACCACCGACAUCCCCAACAGGCUUGACCUGACGACGGGAGACGGCGACGACCAAGUCAUCGUUCACGACCUCAGGGAAAUCGAAAAGGCUAUAGCAAACAGAGAACUGGAUGAACACUCCGACCCAGUGAUGGUCGUCGGGGCGGGGCUGACCGCGGCGGAUGCCAUCUUGUGUCUCCGGUCGUGUAAGGUCCCCGUAGUCCACGUGUUCCGGAGGGACGUCAAAGACCAGAGCCUGAUUUUCCGGACUCUCCCGGACGGCUUGUACCCGGAGUACCACAAGGUGUACCAGAUGAUGAAGAGUAAGGAAGGGUACCCCGGGUACAAGAGCUACCCCCGACAUGAAGUAGUGGAAUUGAGGGCUGGCAGGAAGUGUGUCCUUAAGGGACCUUCAAGGAGGGGCCUGAUCGGAAGGAUCAUGGAAGAUCCUGAGAAGGUGGUCCCCGUCUCCAAAGUCCUUGUCCUGAUCGGUGCAAGGCCGAAUUUGUCUUUCUUGGGAAACAAUGGGAUGGAGUUCGCUGUAGACAGUACCAAACAAGUCUCUUGUAAGAAGAACCCCAUAGACGUGGACCCCUACACGUUUGAGAGUGCUAAGGCACGGGGUCUGUAUGCUGUAGGGCCUCUGGCGGGAGAUAACUUUGUCAGGUUCGUGAAGGGAGGACCUUUGGGUAUUGCAAGUCAUUUGGUGAAAACAACGAUGGAAAAUAAUAAUCUUACUAAGCUGUAGAUCAGCAUCUUUAGUACCAUCUGUACCCCCCUGAAUUUCAGAGCUUCUUUGGGAAGGUUCCAUGCAUUGUCUGCCCACCCCCCAUUAGACUUUAUUUCAAGAGCUAGAAUCUGCAACUUUUGCAACAGGUACCAAAUUCAUGCAUCAUAUCUCAGGAAUAUACAGGAUCAGACUAAUGGUAGUGAAAAUUGCAAGUCUGGACUUAACUUGGCCCACCAGGCACUCAUUUCUCAACCAAACCAACACUUUCAGACAAUGUCCAAUGGAUACUUGUUGGUAUAUUGUGCAAUCGUUUUUGAAAUGGCUACUGGCAAAUGUUGUAUAUAUUUUGCAUAGUGGAACGGUGGACUGUUGUCUUUAAGUUGGUUUUUGUUAUCAUGUUUUUGUUUGCAAUGGAAAUCUGGGAGGACAAGGCUGUUUUAUUAUAAAUGUUGUAUUUGAGGCUAUUCUACCUUCAGGACUGUGCAGAAGGGAAGAUAGUUAGUAACAUAUGAUAUGAGCCAGCAAUCCCUCACACUCAAAAACAGCUUGAUCCCCCAGCAUAAAGUAAAACUGAUCUCAAACCAAUUUAGCUCAAAUGAACUCAACCAUUUAGCUAAUUCUCCACUGAUGGUGCCAACGAAGAUAGGUGCUAUGUACCAGCUCUUUUGGAAAAGUACAGUGAACAGUGGACCACAACUUAUUGUCUGAGUCCUGUUAACGGAUUAGGACCAUUUUAGUAGUGUGCAUGUGGGGUGAGGGAAGGCAGCUGGAUUUAAAACUCUUAGUCAGAGUUAUGUACAUGGGUGUUGCUAAGAUUUAGGUGAGAGGAUAUGUUAACUUUUUCUUUGUUGACAUUUUAUUUGCUAGGGCUCUUAUCUUCUGAAUGUAUAUGUACAUGUAUAAUUGGAUGGAUAAAGAAAAGUUUUCCAGGUUGAUAUAUGUGUGUAUGAAUUGUGAAAUUGUCUCAAUGAAAAUGAUGGAAUGCAAGAUGUAGAUGUCUGUGUCUAAGACAAUAUGUAAAUAUUGAAAUCAAAAUUAAGAUUCAAUCAAUCAAUCAUGGACCCAAUCUGAGGAACUACAUUUUUCGUAUGCUGUAAGAAAGACUGUGACUUAGAUUUUGACAAGUUGUGUACUUUGAACCUGUGAUACACUUUAUGACGGAUGCAAUUUUGUGUACAAAACACAAAAAUCUGUUUACUGAAACGGACACAGUAUGCUUUACUGAAGUUGUAUGUAAAUGUCAGAAUAAAAUUUUCCAACCAAUUUUGUAUCAAA